AAACCCUAAAUUUCCGUGUGCUGAAACACCAUUCUCAGGUGAAAGGUUUGAGAAAAAUCAGAAGCUCAGGUAAAUCAGAAUCAUGAUUCGAGUGACAAGACCAAAACCGAUCAUCGAAUCACUGAGUUACCACCUUCUCCAGAGAUGCUCCGCAAGCGGAACUCCGAAAGGAAAAGCCAAGCUGAAGACAGGUCAGCCAUUGAAGCGUAACAAAGUCGCCACCAAGAAAGGCGGUAGUGGCGGAGGAGCAGCUGCAGAUGGAGAAGAGGCUGUUAAGGGAAAAGGAAGGAUUUCCGAUGAGAAACAGAAGCUUUACGAGCAAUGCUUAAACGCUCCUUGUCCUGUUCGCUAUUUGACUCCCAAAGAGGUCGAGCGCGAGGCCCAGCGUGAGAAGCUAGGGUUGAUUAGUAAAGAGAAGCAGCGAGAUAUGGAGAUCCAGAAGAAAGGAGGAGCCGCUUCAAUGGGAAUCACCGAUGAACCGAUCCGAAUUGGUACGCCUGGUUUGGAUUACAUUUCAUUGGGGAUCUUUGAGGCCGAUGAGUUGCCCAAGUAUAAGCUGACGAAAGAGGAUGGAGAGAGACUCGCUAAGGAGUAUAGUAAAGUGUUGAUGAAAGAGCAUAGAGAGCGUCGUGCAGCUGAAACUGCGCUUUUGAAUUUGAAGAAAGCUGCGAUUGAGGCAUUGCCGGAGAAUCUGAAGAAGGCGGCAUUAGAACCUGAUUUGACACCGUUUCCGGCGAAUCGAGGUAUGGCUACUCUUACACCGCCUAUUGAAGGGUAUCUUGAGAAGGUUAUGGAUGCAGCUAAGAAGAGCUCAAGUAAAGAGAAGUUGAGAUGAUUUCGUUUAAAGGUGAAAUUAUUUUGAGAAUGGAACAACAACAACAACAACAAGACCUGCUUCUUCGAGAAGUGCCAGAGACUAGAAACGUCACAAGCUUGACUAGAAUAUGCAUUUAGGUGUUUUUUGCUUAUAAAAAGCUAUCCAUGUCCGGAUCUUGACAAAAUAAUCAAGUCUGAAUUUUAUGAUU